CAGCUGCGCAGAAACGGAGGAGGAGGCCCUGCAGCCGCUCUUCUCGCGCAGAAACCCCGUAGUGCAAAACAGCAGCGCCAUUCACUAACUUCAACAAUAUCCAAAAUGGCAGGAGCUGAUGGAGACGACUCUCUCUACCCUAUCGCCGUUCUCAUUGACGAACUGCGAAAUGAGGAUGUCCAGUUACGACUGAACAGCAUCAAGAAGCUGUCUACUAUUGCCUUGGCACUUGGUGUCGAGAGGACCCGCACUGAACUCCUUCCUUUCCUCACAGACACCAUCUAUGAUGAAGAUGAGGUGCUUCUGGCCUUGGCUGAGCAGCUUGGCAAUUUCACUAUGUUGGUGGGAGGCCCAGAGUAUGUCCACUGUCUCUUGCCUCCUCUGGAGAGCCUAGCUACAGUUGAGGAGACCGUAGUCAGAGAUAAAGCUGUGGAGUCACUGCGGAAGAUCUCUCAGGAGCAUUCUCCUGUUGACCUGGAGGUCCAUUUUGAGCCUUUGGUCAAGCGUCUGGCCAGUGGUGACUGGUUCACUUCUCGCACAUCUGCCUGUGGUCUCUUUAGCGUCUGUUAUCCUCGUGUCUCCAGCACUGUCAAAGCAGAGAUCCGGCAGCAUUUUCGCACCUUGUGCUCAGAUGACACUCCUAUGGUGCGUCGUGCUGCAGCAUCUAAACUGGGGGAGUUUGCCAAAGUCCUGGAGCUGGAUUAUGUAAAAAGUGACAUCAUUUCCCUCUUCACAGCUUUGGCCUCUGAUGAGCAGGACUCAGUGCGACUGCUUGCUGUGGAGGCUUGUGUCAGCAUUGCCACUCUGCUGCCUCAGGAGGACCUUGAGUCCCUGGUGAUGCCAACUCUCCGCCAGGCUGCAGAAGAUAAAUCCUGGAGGGUCCGCUACAUGGUGGCUGACAAGUUCUCUGAGCUCCAGAAAGCAGUUGGGCCAGAGAUCACCAAGAAUGAUCUGGUCCCGGCCUUCCAGAAUCUUUUGAAGGACUGUGAAGCUGAGGUCCGUGCUGCUGCAGCCAACAAAGUCAAAGAGUUCUGUGAGAACCUCCCAGAGGACAAUCGUGAGCAAAUCAUCAUGACUCACAUUCUGCCCUGUGUCAAGGAACUUGUUUCAGACACCAAUCAGCAUGUGAAGUCAGCCCUGGCCUCAGUCAUUAUGGGCCUUUCAACCAUCCUGGGCAAGGACAACACAAUAGAGCACUUACUGCCUCUCUUCUUGGCUCAGCUCAAGGACGAGUGCCCAGAGGUGCGUCUCAACAUCAUCUCCAACCUCGACUGUGUGAACGAGGUAAUUGGCAUCCGUCAGCUCUCCCAGUCACUGCUGCCAGCCAUUGUGGAGCUGGCAGAGGAUGCAAAGUGGAGGGUCCGCCUCGCCAUCAUAGAGUACAUGCCUCUGUUGGCAGGACAGCUGGGAGUGGAAUUCUUUGACGAGAAGCUCAACACCCUUUGUAUGGCCUGGCUGAUUGACCAUGUAUAUGCCAUCCGUGAGGCGGCCACCUGUAACCUAAUGAAGCUGGUGGAGAAGUUUGGAGCGGAGUGGGCGCAGAACACCAUUGUGCCCAAAGUGCUGGGCAUGGCCAACGACCCCAAUUACCUCCACCGGAUGACGACUCUAUUCUGCAUCAAUGCUUUGUCAGAGGCUUGUGGCCAGGACAUCACCACAAAGCAGAUGCUACCAGUGGUCCUCAAGAUGUCCAAUGACCAGGUGGCUAACGUACGCUUCAACGUGGCCAAGUCCCUUCAGAAGAUUGGCCCUGUCCUUGACAGCAAUGCCCUUCAAACAGAAGUGAAGCCUGUGCUGGAGAAGCUUGCCACAGACACAGACAUGGAUGUCAAGUACUUUGCCCAGGAGGCUAUCAGUGUUCUGGUCCUAGCAUAACCAACCCAACAUGGCUUAAACAGACAACCCCCCCCCCUCCCAAAACAGGAACACAAACGCUUUCACAAGAUAUUUAUUAAUGUUCAGGAACUGGUAAAUGUAUAGAGAAAGCUGUUAACAAUUGUUUUAUCCAUUUUUUGUUGUUGUUUUUUUUUUGUUUACUGUCCAAUAGUAGACUAUGUCCAGGCCGAGCACAGGCUUCUUCGUUAACCCUCUUUGCUGUCAAUGGGUGCUUCAACAAAGGCAAAGUGUUAUGAAAUUGCAUUAAUUGCUGCGUGCGGCCUAAUGUGCUACUGUACCAGCUAAGCAUCGCUAUCCAGAAGCCCUCUUCACAUUCCUCCCUUUUCCAUCCUCUGGUGUACUUUAGGCCCAGUCAUUGCAGUUUACCACAUGUCUACGGCCAUGUUGCUGCGCUUUUCUCUCAAUGCUAGACGCAAACGUUGAGCAGCGGCUGGUGCAGCAGGCUGCCUUUAUUUUUCCAGCAGACCAAACCUGUUGUUCCCUAGCUGGUUCACAGGAUCGUUCUGAACAAAGAAAUACAGUGGUGUCCAUUACGGCAUGUAAUCUAAUGAACUCAAGGAUUGCAUGUACUAAUCCAUCUCAAACAGUGUCCUUCCCCAAUUUUUUUCAACCAGACUUGCAUGCACCUGUGCACUCUUUGUUCUCUGCAGCAACACAGAUUGAAUUUGAUCAAACAAAUGAAUAAUCUCGGCCCACUGUAUUAUGCCCCUUAUACAGCAGCCAUGUCGACAUGUCAGAGCAGGAUAAACGUCGGUGUAAUUGAUCAAAUUGAUUGCGGUCUCAUUUUAUUUAGCGUCAGUCAUUCCAGUUAGCCAGCUUGCCAAAUACCAGGGCCCUGGCACACCUUAAAUGCAGCACGGAUAUAAUAAAGUUAUUAAUUACACCCGUUUACCCUUCGAUGGCAAUGCUGUGAAAAGGGCCUCUAGGGACCAGCUACGUCAGGAAGUGUUGCUCAUUGUCCCUCCAAAUCCUCAGUGAAUUUGUUGAUGUGCUAGGGUGGAAAAUAGUUGUCAGUUAUGAUUUUCUUCACUAUGUUCUCUGCAUUGCUCUUAUUCUUUGUGCCAAUGACUUUAAACAGUGGUGUUUUCUUUUAGUCUGCCUGGGUAACUAGUUUUCUCCUGUUCUGGAAAGAGACAAUGUUUUGUUUUAUGGGACACUUUAUUUCUUGGAUGUUAAUAAGUAACUAACGUGACUACAGCUAUGAGGGCCAUGAGGAUUAACACAACCUCUUCCUGUCCUAGAGCCAUCAAGUUUUCCCUUAAAUCCGUGCUAAGUCCUCCACUGUAGCCGAGAUUUAGAAGCAUACGGUCAGCGAUGGCAAAGGGCCACCCGAGGAAUCCUGCUUACAAAUCUCUACACGAUGGCGAACAAAUGCAUGCUUUCAAAGAAAGUGGGAUUGGGGACACGGAGAAUGAGUCUUGAGUCUGUAUAAUGUUUUAUUAUGGGGUAUAGGAGCUGGGGUGGUUGAAUAAAUGUAUCUUCUGUCUCCCUGAACUACUCCUGCUGCCCCCCCCCCCCCCCCCCCUCAUGUUGUUCUUGAAUAAACCUUGAUUAAUUGUCCUGUA